UCUGCAAGGGAAGAGUCCAGGGCGGAGCUGUCAGGGAGGACUACACGGACAGAAGGGUCCAGUAUGGGAGGUUCCUUUUCCAGGGCUACCAUCCUUUCCAGGGGCCAGACCCGUAAGAAAAAACGAAAGCCCAAAGUGGAUUACCAGCAGGGCUGAUCCUCACAAAGUAGACUCCAGAAGAAGAGAAUAAGAGUUUGCGGGACCAAACUGAUGCGAUGGAGCUCCCCAACUACAGCCGGCAGCUGCUGCAGCAGCUCUACACUCUGUGUAAAGAGCAGCAGUUCUGUGACUGCACCAUUUCCAUUGGCACCAUUUACUUCAGGGCUCACAAACUAGUCCUUGCCGCUGCCAGCCUCCUGUUCAAAACCCUGCUGGACAACACAGACACCAUCUCCAUCGAUGCCUCGGUGGUGAGCCCCGAGGAGUUUGCCCUCCUGUUAGAAAUGAUGUACACUGGCAGACUUCCUGUGGGCAAGCACAACUUCUCCAAAAUCAUCUCUUUAGCCGACAGCCUACAGAUGUUUGAUGUAGCUGUUAGUUGUAAAAAUCUUCUCACCAGCCUUGUAAACUGCUCUGUUCAGGGUCAAGUGGUAAGAGAUGUUUCCACACUACCCUCAGAGUCAAUCAGGAAGGAAUCAGAGAAGACUCAAGUAGAAAUCCUUUCCCCGGAAGGUGCUGGAGAGCCUCAUUCUCCGGAGGUUUCUGCCCCUCCAGGGGGUCCUGUUAAAGCUGAGAUGGAGGAAGCAAUCCAUACAGUUACCCAGGAAAUGAGUGUGGAUCCUCCCCCUGCUCGGGAGGUUCAGGGGAAUGCAGACACCCCAGUGGAGACUCCUAACACAGCUGAAGUUUGUUCCCCUGCCCCUGUUGUACAAACCUCUAGUGAGGCAAAAGAGACAAGCGCGGAACCAGAAUGUGAGAGGAAACACAACCAACUGAAUUUUCUUCUAGAAAAUGAAACUGUCUUCUCAGAUGCACUCAUGGUUACCCAGGAUGUUUUAAAAAAACUAGAAGUAUGUUCAGAAAUUCAAGGCCCACAAAAGGAGACCAUAAUGAAAUGUCUUGAGGUUGAAGAAGGACAUUCAGCAUUCCAGAGAAUCCUGAAUAAAGUCAGAGAUGAGAACCUGGAUGUCCAGGCUGUGGUGUCUCUCUUGAGGCUGUACCAAGAUUCUAAUCCUGCAGUAAAAACAGCACUGUUAAACAGAAAACCAGAAGGUGUAGAAACAGUGCAGCCAAAAGAGAGCACAGAGGAGGGAAAGACCUUGUCUGUUCUGUUACUGGAACACAAAGAGGACCUGAUACGAUGUGUAACACAGCUGAGACCUAUUGUGGAGUUCCUGGAAACAGCCAAGGAGGAAUUCCUGACUGGUGCUGAAAAGAGGGUGAUUCUGAAUUGCUGUGAGGGCGGAACACCCAAGGAGAUGAUAGAAAAUUUGUUGCACAGAAUGACUGAAGAGAAGACCCUGACUGCUGAGAGUUUGGUAAAACUCCUCCAGGCUGUGAAGAUGACUUUCCCAAACUUGGGCCUUCUACUGAAGAAUUUGCAGAAAUUGGCCACUUUGCCAAGCACUGCAGUCCGACCAAGCCUUGAUGAUUAUGGGACUGAGCUAUUAAGACGGUAUCACGAAAACCUCUCCGAGAUUUUCCCAGACAACCAGAUGUUACUAAAGGUGGUCUCAGACAUGACAAGUUUAGCCCCUGGAGAAAGAGAGGUCAUAGAGAAGCUCGUGAAACGUGACUCUGGUUCAGGUGGUUUCAGUUCCCUGAUGUCAGCAGUUCUAGAAAAGCAGGCUCUCUCCCCUAUAAUCAUUUGGCAAUUGCUGCUGGUGGCUCAGGAGACAAAGACCUGCCCAUUGAACCUGCUCGUGGAGGAAAUACGAAGGGAGCCUGGUGCUGAUGCUUUCUUCCGGGCAGUGACCACCCCAGAAAGUGCUGCUUUAGAAACAUGCCUGAAGCAUAACAAGUUGAUCCUAGAGGCCAUCCAACAAAGGAUGGAGCUCAAGUGCUUUAGCUCAGAGGAAGAGCACCUGGCAGAGACUGUGAAAGAGAUUCUGAGCAUUUCCUCUGAGACAGCCAGCCCUGAAGUUUCCCUGAGAGCAGUGUUGAGCAGAGCCAUGGAAAAAGCAGUCUCAGCUAUUGAAAUAUGUCACCUCCUGUGCAGUGUCCACAAAUCUUUUCCAGGCCUGCAGCCCAUCAUGCAGGAGUUAGCAUAUUUUGGUUUCCUUACUAAGGAGAAUGGAGAGAAGGAAGCCUGGAAAGUGAGUAAGAAGUUUCACCUUGAAGCCAAUGACAAAGAAGACGAAAAGGCUGCUGAGCCAGCUGAAGAAGAUUGCCAGUCUAGGGAACAAAAUGAUCAAGGAGAGACGGGUUCUUUGCCAGGACAACAGGAGAAGGACACUUCUGCCUCCCCAGACUCUGCCAAGAAAAACUUCGUCUGUAAGGCCUGUGACAAAAGCUUCCAUUUCUACUGCCGCCUAAAGGUGCACAUGAAGCGCUGCCGAGUGGCCAAGAGCAAACAGGUGCAGUGUAAGGAGUGCAGCGAGACCAAGGACUCCAAGAAAGAGCUGGAGAAGCAUCAGUUAGAGGCCCAUGGGGCAGGGGGAGAACCCGACGUCCCCAAGAAGAAGAAGAAGAGGCUUCCAGUGACAUGCGACCUCUGUGGGAGGGAAUUUGCCCAUGCCUCAGGCAUGCAGUACCACAAGCUGACAGAGCACUUUGAUGAGAAACCUUUCUCCUGUGAAGAGUGUGGGGCAAAGUUUGCAGCCAAUUCCACCCUGAAGAACCACCUUCGCCUUCACACUGGGGACCGCCCGUUCAUGUGCAAGCACUGCCUCAUGACCUUCACCCAGGCCUCCGCCCUGGCCUACCAUACCAAGAAGAAGCACUCGGAGGGAAAAAUGUAUGCAUGCCAGUACUGUGAUGCUGUGUUUGCCCAGUCCAUUGAGUUGUCUCGCCACGUGAGGACCCACACCGGGGACAAGCCAUAUGUGUGCAGGGACUGUGGCAAGGGCUUCCGGCAGGCUAAUGGCCUCUCCAUCCACCUGCAUACCUUUCACAACAUAGAAGAUCCUUAUGACUGCAAGAAAUGCAGGAUGAGUUUCCCCACUCUGCAGGAUCACCGGAAGCACAUCCACGAGGUGCACUCCAAGGAGUACCACCCCUGCCCCACAUGUGGGAAGAUCUUCAGUGCCCCGUCCAUGCUGGAGCGGCACAUGGUGACCCACGUCGGAGGGAAGCCCUUCAGCUGUGGGAUCUGCAACAAGGCCUACCAGCAAUUAUCUGGUUUGUGGUACCACAAUCGGACCCACCACCCUGAUGUGUUUGCUGCUCAGAACCAUCGGUCUUCCAAGUUCUCCUCCCUCCAGUGCAGCUCCUGUGACAAAACCUUUCCCAACACCAUUGAGCAUAAGAAGCACAUCAAAGCGGAGCAUGCAGAUAUGAAGUUCCAUGAAUGUGACCAGUGUAAGGAGCUCUUCCCCACACCAGCUCUGCUGCAGGUUCACGUCAAGUGCCAGCAUUCAGGGUCCCAGCCAUUCAGGUGCUUGUACUGUGCAGCCACUUUCCGCUUCCCCGGGGCACUGCAGCACCACGUCACCACGGAGCACUUCAAGCAGUCGGAGAGCACAUUCCCCUGCGAGCUGUGUGGGGAGCUCUUCACCUCCCAGGCCCAGCUUGACAGUCACUUGGAAUCUGAGCACCCAAAGGUGGUGGGCACGGAGACCCAGGCAGCGACCUCACAGAUGGUGCAGGUGAUCCAAGCCUCAGAGCCAGGGGCCCCAGCAGAGCAGGUGAUCGCUUUGGAGGAGACCCAGCUUGCUGGGUCACAGGUGUUUGUGACAUUGCCAGAUUCUCAGACAUCUCAGACCAGCUCUGAGCUUGUGGCGGUGACUGUAGAGGAUUUGCUGGAUGGUACCGUGACUCUGAUCUGUGGUGAGGCCAAGUGAGUGGCUGCUCGUCCACUGGAGGGGUUCCUGCCUUCACACCAGGGAGGAGGCUCCACAACUUACCCUUUGCCUUCUGGCCCUGGCCAUCCCGAGCGGUGAGCAUCUUAGCUUGGCAGCAGUCAAACCCAUCUCACUUGGGAAAUGUCGACACCAGCACCACCGUCCUUCAUAGCUGAUAGGCCUCCUCCCUCACAGGCCUGCUGCUUUGGCCCUGCUGACACUGUCCAUCCUGAGGAAAGUACAGCUUCUGAAACAAUCUGAAAGCGUGCUGGGAUGGGAGCUGGUAACCAGCGCAACCAAGGGGGCACGAUGUGCUGACAGCAUCCAGUGACCAGGGGCCUUGGCCGCAGAGUGGAGCACAAACACUGCUGGUGCCUCGGGCCACUGAAAAAUGAAAGAAGCACCUACAGGGCAUCCAGGGACCCCAGCCGUGAGCACACUUGGCCCCUUCCUGACCCCUGUCAUCCUCCUCUCUGCUUGGAUCCCCUGCCUCCAUGGCCAUAGCCAGCACCUAGUGGUGGGAGUGGGAUGGGUACCCAUGUUAACAGUGCAGAAAGCCCUCCUUUCUAGGCCUAGUCCCACCUGGCCAGUAGUCAGCCCUUCCCAAAACAAAGCCUUUGGAGUGUUUCUCCUGGAAGCGUUUAAUGUGAGGUGUUCAGCAGCAAGGAAUAUACCUUUCCAGGACAUUCUUCAUGGUGUUGGUUACCUGAGGCCUGGUUUUUACAGCUCUGCCGUAUUAUCCUCGUCGUCUUCCUCUAAUCAAAGGCUAAAACGUCGGCCCAACCUGCAGGCUCGGCUUGCUCCCUCUGGAGCCUGUGCUGAAACUGCUGCAGCGGCACCAGGCGGGCAGUCCUGUCCGCACAGAGGAGCAGCUGCGAUCACCCCGCCUUCAUUUCUGCCACUGGCUUCCAUGCCACGGGAGUGGCCUGCUGGCUAAGCCCCCCAGGCUGCCACACUUACUGCAGGACAGGACUGCUUUUAGAGUCUGAAUUUCACAAAGCUUUUUUAUCUUUAGUUCCUAAAAUAUAAUCUGAUAAUUAA